AUGUCGUCACUGGAUGAUUCGCCUUCUCCCCUACACUGCUCGCCCUUCGCAGGACUCUGCUCCCGUUUGCUGGAGGGUCAAUCUGCACUGCAGGCACCUGUUCGACACGCCAGCUACAGGGACGAGCUGUCCUGGGUGACGAGGCACCCUCUGACCUCUCCAAGGGCACCUCUGGAUCUGGUCCACCGGGUUCUAAAGAGAUGGCGUGAGAGCCAGGAGCGAGAGGAUGAGCCGUACAUCAAGAAGCCGCCAAACGCCUUUAUGCUGUUCAGGAAGAAGCAGAGGCCAAAUGUUGUGGCCGAACUGAACAUAAGCGACAGCGCGACAGUAAACGCCAUCCUUGGACAGAGGUGGAAGUCUCUAUCAAUGGAGGAGCAGGCCAGAUAUUUUGAAGAAGCUGACAGGGAGAGGCGACUCCAUGCUCAGCUCUUCCCUGAGUGGUCCCCCAGGGACAACUAUGGCAAAAAGAGAAAGAGGAUCAGGACUAAGGUUCCCAAAAGGGCUAAAGCGUCUGCAUCUGAACCCGAGCAGAUGGCACAGCAAGCCAAGAGGCCAUGUCUGACACCAGUGCAGACAGCAAUGCUGGGGCCUUCCAGCUUGUAGACCCUUUCAAUGGGCGGUCCUCACACUCCGACAUUCGUGAUGGAGCCUUCUACCUCGCAGACAUGUGCAAUGUGCGGUCCUCAAAAUCAGAACUUCGUCGUGGAGCCUUCUGCCUCACAGACAGGUGCAAUGGACUUUCCUCACACUACGACAUUCGUGAUGGAGCCUUCUACCACACAGACAAGUGCAAUGUGCGGUCCUCAAAAUCGGACAUUCAUGAUGGAGCCUUCAACCUCACAGACAGGUGCAAUGGACUUUCCUCACACUACGACAUUCGUGAUGGAGCCUUCUGCCUCACAGACAGGUGCAAUGGACUUU